UUCGGGGUGGUUGGGCGAUUAGCCGUUUCCUCCGCGGUUUGUCAACUUCUGUCGGCGGUCAAACGAAACGUGAGUCGCGACAGCCGGCCGCAAGAUAGGAGGCGUUUAUUGUGAAUACCGUCGGCCAGUGAACAAGUGCUUGGCGGUGCUUUGCGCGUGCGUUGUUCCGUGAAACCGGCAUGGUGGUGUGUGUGCGUGUCUAAUGCAACCAGAACGAUUCUGACGCACGAUUUCCGUUCCUACAGUGUUCGUAGUAUUAGAACGAGUGGAUGUGUGCGCGUGUGUGUUUAACAGUGAUCAGUGUAAAGAAUCUGUUCUAGUGUGUCAGCAACAGCCAGCAACGCACGAUGGCAAUAUUUAAUUAACCCAAAUUGAGUUUGUAGACAACGAUUCCAUCCAUACUGAAGUGAUAUAGUUACCCUCUUUACGCCUCGACAGAGUGUUGGUUAGUGGUUCGCCCAGAACGCGCGCGUGUCCCCUGUCAACUGAGGCGAUUGUGAUAAGCGCCAGACAAAUUGCUGUAAUCGUUUCGUGCGAAGAGUGCGUACACUUCUAGCCGGAAGCCGGUAUUGUUUGCGAUAUUGACUUCUAGUCGCUAGUGUAGUGGACAGUAUGGCGCAGGAGGUUGAUCUGGCGGAUGAAAGUGUAACGGAGUAUGCUGCCGAUCCCAUUGAAGCACAACCGCCAACGAAAACUGCUGUCGUCAAUGGACACUACAUUGGCAACAUCCAUCGAAUGAACAGUGAGGAGUUGCUUCAUAGCAGCGUACAUCAACCAGCUGAUGAUGAGCCGAUUCCGUCGCGAAUGGGCUUCAUGGGACGUCUGUCGUACCAUGUGUCGCUGCUGAUUGGAACCUUUUUCUACCGCCUCGGUUAUUGGAUCAGUAACAAUGCGUGGAAAACCAUCGGUCUCUGCUGGUUGCUGGUGGCCCUUUGCAGUAUUGGUUUUAUUCGGUUUCACAAGGAAAAAAGUCCAAUGAAGCUAUGGAUACCGCUUGGUUCAAAGUUCCAGCAUGAUACCAACUGGAUGAUAGAGCACUUUCAGGAAGGCAACCGUAUAGAAACGGUUAUGAUUACCGCCCCGGAUGUGCUGGUCCCGGAAGUGUUGCAAACGCUAGCAACCAUCACCGAGGAGGUCGAGAAUUUCAAAUUUAAGAAUAGCAAAGGUGAAACGCAUGGUUGGACGGACGUGUGCCAUAAAGUACCAUUGAUCGCGGCCUACACGGGUGAUUCCGAUGGUGGUAGUGCGAUGAUCGCGUCCGCUAUCGAUCUGCCCUCCUUCUUGUUCUGUCCAAUCUUGGAAAAGCUGGAGAAAGGAUGCUACGGUAGUAGCCUGCUGGAGCUGUGGAAGUAUGAUCGUGAAAAGAUUAACACACUAUCGAAGGAGGAUAUCGUGGAACGUCUGAACAAAACGACUGUUAGUCCGGUGACGGGCCACACGGUAGAGUUUUCCGCCCUGUUGGGUGAUGUGCAGCGAGACUGGAGUGGUCGUAUCGUGUCGGCGGGCUCCCUGGUGACCCACUGGUACGUGCAUGUCAACUUCACAGAGGUAAACGCGGAUGUAAGCGGUAACGCAGCUGGAACCGAGGACUGGGUCACUGAGAAUGCUGCUCUUUGGGAGGAAACAUUUCUGAAGAUUGUCGCCAAGGCGAAGCGCGAACAUUCGACGAACGAAACCGACAUCUACUACGCGGCUGGCAGAAGCUAUGGAGAUAUCAGUGAGGAGUCCAUGUUCAAGGAUAUGGAUAAGUUGGUCUAUGGCGGUAUCAUUAUGUUCAUCUACAUGCAGCUGGUGCUGUCGAAGUUUAGCUGGACCGAGUUUAGGGUAAUCCUUGGCUCCAUUGGAUUAAUGAGCGUUGGAAUGGGUUUCAUCGCAGGCUGUGGUUUGGUAGCGGCCAGCGGCGUAUCAUACGGUCCAGUACACACUUCAUUGCCGUUCCUAUUGAUGGGGCUCGGUGUGGACGAUAUGUUCGUCAUGAUGGCCUGUUAUCGGAAAGUUCGAAAAGCUAACCCGGAUCUACCAUUGCCCGAGCGUAUGGGACUUAUGCUGCAGCAUGCUGGUGCUUCAAUCACCGUUACCUCGCUCACCGAUAUAGUUGCCUUUGUCGUUGGUUCGAUUACGGUCAUACCGUCGCUGCAAUCGUUCUGUAUCUACGCUGCGGCCGGCGUCUUCAUGAUGUUCUUCUUCGUCAUCACCUUCUUUGUGGCGAUCUUUACGCUGGAUGAAAUCCGUAUCGCCAGUCGACGCAACGCGUUCCUAUUGUGGAUAGUUCACGAUGAAAAAUCGACCGGACUAUGGUGCGAAUACAAUCUCAUGCAUCGGUUUAUCAACACGUUGUACUCUAAGGUACUGCUUACGACUGUCGGAAAAUCCGUAAUCAUAUUUGCGGUGAUUCUCAUGACUAGCGUCAACAUACACAAUCUGCUGCAAUUGCGUCAAAAGUUCGAUCCGAAUUGGUUCAUCCCGGAAGAGACGUACUACAACCAGUUUGUCGUGAAAACGCAUGAACACUAUCCAAACGUUGGUUUUGAAGCACUGCUCCUGUUUGGAAGUCUCAAUUAUACCGAAGAACUGCCUAAACUGAUCAACAUCUCCCAGCAGCUAGAGAACCGUACCGAUAUACUACACAGUGUCAGUUCGUGGGUUGAUGCCUUCCGGGAGUUUGUUAGUAAGCGCUAUAGUAAGGACAUUGCGGUGGAAGUGCUUAGUGAUAGCGACUUCCGGAACUAUCUGUCCAAGUUCCUAUUCAGCUACGAGGGAGGUCGGUUUCAGAUGAACAUCAAAUUUGCCGCCAAACUAAAGUGCGGAAAGCCUGCCCCGAACAUCACGGUCACAACGAUGGACUUUAAGUUCAAGCCCUUCAAGGAGCGUGAAGAAUACAUUCCAGCGAAAUACGCCGUUGAGGGCAUACUAGAACGAAGCAAUAUAAGCUCCGGGGACCAGUUCCGAACGCUGUGGGCGAAAAUUUUCGGAAACUGGGUAACGGACGAGAUCAUCGAUACGGAAAUCUAUCGAAACAUUGCGCUGGCGCUGGUCGGAGUUAUGUUCUGUUCGGUGGUGCUGAUUGUGAAUCUACAAAUUUGCUUCUGGAUAUUCAUCUGCGUUCUGUUAACUCUCGUUAAUGUGGGCGGACUGAUGCAAGUGUGGGGCCUGACUCUGGAUCUAGUUUCGUGCAUAGCACUUCAGCUGGCCGUCGGUCUGUGCGUCGAUUAUGCAGCUCAUAUCGGGCACACCUUCUUGACAAUCAACAAAGGUGAUAGAAAUUCGCGAAGCUUGGAAACGGUGCUACACAUCGGUGCGGCCGUUUUUUACGGUGGUGGCUCGACGAUCCUUUCGCUAUCGAUUUUGUCGGGUUCACAAGCGUACACGUAUAGAACGUUUUUCAAGAUCUUCCUGCUGGUGAUUGCAUACGGACUGUUUCACGGGACAAUUCUACUGCCGGUGAUACUAAGCCUGAUCGGACCCGCGCCGUACAGCGGUUCCUUGCAUAGCCUCAACACGAUCAACAACAAUCCCAGUCCCACUAAGAAAGCAGGCCCGGAUGGUACGGAAAUGAUUUCGUUUAUAGGAGACCAGUCGUACAAACUAAGUGAACCUCGUUCUUAGGACAUGCGGAAGAGAAAUGCUCACGAGAAAAGAUGAACAUAACGCACGAGAGCUUAAACUAAACAUAGGCAGUUAAUGACGCCUUAUCCUGAGGAUAACAGCGAUGUUUGCGAAGAUUUUGAAGCAGCAAUUGUGAUUGGUCGUGUGCCUUGCGAUGGAGCGAUCACUAAAUAAGAUUUUUACUUAGAAUUGUACAAAGAACGCAAGAAAAAAUAAAUGUAAAAACCGCGGU